GCGAUGUAAACAAAUGCAGCAUGAGUCUUACUCUGUUAGCACAGAAAUGUCAAUUCUCAUAAGUGAUAUUUAGAAGAUAUGGCUGCAAUAAACAUCCCGAUUGUCCAGUUGGAAGACGUAAACAGCUCCUACAUUGAGAGAAAACCAUUUGUGUUGAGAGGGUGUGAUAUCGGAUCUUGUGUGGAAAAAUGGACAAAUGAGUAUCUGUCAAAAAUGAUAGGGGAUGAGGAAGUGAAAAUCCAUGUCUCAGAGUCACCCUCUUUAGAUUUUCUGCAGAAGAAUUUUGCAUAUAAGACUCUAAAAUUUGGAGAACUGCUUUCACGUGCAGCUGAGGAAGCGCAUAGUGAAAAACAUUAUUUCAUAUCCAAAUCAGAGUAUUACUACCUGCGUUCUGUCGGUAAGGAUCCAAGAAAGGAAGUUGCGGAUAUACGGCAACAAUAUCCUGAAUUGUCUCAGGACUUGCUUUUUCCUGGUUUUGUUCCAGAAAAUCAAAUAUUUUCCAGUAUUUUUAGGGUGGCCUCCGCCAAUGUUUCCAUCUGGACACAUUAUGAUGUGAUGGACAAUGCACUCAUACAGGUAAAAGGACGUAAAAAGGCCGUCUUGUUUCCACCAACUGACGCCCUCAACUUGUAUUUAAAUGGAGAUAAAUCGGAAGUAUUGGACAUAGAUCAUCCAGAUUUAAAGAAGUUUCCCAAAUUCAGUAACGCAACAAGAUAUGAAAGUUGCUUAUUACCUGGGGAUGUUCUCUUCAUUCCUGCUUUAUGGUUCCACAACAUGAAGUACUUGGAUUUUGGUAUAGCUGUUAAUGUGUUUUGGAAAGAGCUUGAUCCUAUGUUGUAUGACAAGAAGGAUCCUUAUGGAAAUAAAGACCACCUACCGGCACAGCAAGCUUUUAUGUCAGUGGACAAGGCACUUGCAACCUUAUCCAAGUUACCUGCCAGCUAUAAGGAAUUCUAUUGUCUCAAGCUUAUAUCUCAUAUUCAGAAAAAA